CUGCACUGUCGAACAUUGUACCCUGCCUUGAACGUCCCUUUGCGCCAUGAUUAGGAAACGUACUGCACCCCGCCCACAUCUCCGCCAGAAAUCCCCAGAGGUCGAGGAAAUUGAGGAACCCGAAGAGCAGCUGCAAGGAGGGGAGGACAAGCUAGAGUUAGCUGACCUCAUAGAGCUUCGAAGGCUCAGGCGGUCAAGAGAGGGUAUUGAUGUACAGAAACUCGUUAAGGGCGACGUGAAGAAGAAAAAGAAGAGACCAAGGGAGGAGGAGGAUGUCGGGGGUUUGAGGAAGGGCAGCACGAGCAAGGAUGAGGAUGAGGACGAAGGGGAAGAUGCAGACGCGAAGGCGAGGAGGGUCGUACGAACGAACAACUUCACGCAGCAGACGAACGUGCUCGACGUGGAUAAACAUAUGAUGGCCUACAUUGAGGAGAACAUGAAGCUGCGGACAGGGUCCUCUAACGAGCCACUGGAGGACGAAGGGCCGCGAGACCCAUAUGCAGAAUUGUUCAACAUAGCGGACAAGUACAAGUUGAUCCAAGAAAAGGAGCAGGAUGAAGGAAGUGUCACGAAUAGCAUGGCGAUGCUUACGGCUAUACCGGAGGUCGACCUCGGAAUGGAUACUCGGCUGAAGAAUAUUGAGGAUACUGAGAAGGCGAAGCGAAUAUUGACGGAAGAGCGCAAAGACCGACGAAAGAAGACGGGCAACGAUGAGGAGCAUCUUGUUGCUGCUCGCUUCUACCGACCAAAUCUCAAAGCAAAGUCUGAUGCAGACAUCAUUCGGGACGCGAAACUGGAAGCUUUGGGCCUGCUCCCUGAAGACCAUGAACCCCGCUCACAAAGAAAUGACCGGCCGCAAAGGGCUACGGACGAGAUGGUGAUGGAACGCUUCAAGAAGAGGAUGCGGAAGUGAAUACGACUCGUCAUGCAUGAGCAACCUAUGUCAUUGUUCAGACAACCACAUCGCCCUAUAUGACCUGCUGAUAAUCUCUUCCGCGAUCUGACAUAGGGUAACAUUGGCUACGGGAAGAUUCGAGCUCGAGUCGUGUUUCUUGUACACAACUUGUAUAGUAUAUGAAGCCGCCUGACGGGAUUGUACGCCCUUAACGUUUUAACAGUCGAGUAGGCCGUCCGGAACGUAGAUUGGCUUGGACAUGUAUCGUAGAAAUGACAGCUACAGUGUAAUGGGCAUUAACUUCUGAGUUGUCUUG